AUGGCCUUGAGUCAAAAUUCGGAGGCCUCUAUUUAUUCAACGAGAAGCUCCAAUGGCCCUUUAUGUCAUUGUUCACAACCGACUGUCUUGAAGAUAUCAUGGAGCGAUGACAAUCCAGGGAGGAGAUAUUACAAGUGUGAAGACCAUGGAUUUCUUCUAUGGCAUGACAAGGAACGAGCGUGCCUUUGGCAGAAGCAGAGUCUGUUGGAGGCGAGGGAGAAGAUACUGACACAGACGGAAGAAAUUAAGGCUUUGUGUGCCUCUCUCCGUCAAGCACAUGGUCAGCUUGCUGCAUUAGAGAUUUCAAGUUCUUCGUGUUCUGUGAAUGAAACUCUGAAGUCCAUUGAAAAUUGCGUGACGGCGCACAUCAUUGAGACAGAGAAGGUCUUACGUAAAUUCGUUCGCUAUUCAGGUGGAGGUUUUGUCUUAGCUACUGCUUUACUCGUUUUUUUCCUUAAAAAGUAG